AUGAGGAACCAGCAGAAUUCUUUGAUAUCUCUGUUUCAGAGGAAGAAAUCAUCCGCCGGUCGUGAUGGAGAUGCUUCUCCGUCGCCUAUCGCUUCCCCGAAACCCAUCCCUCAGCUCUCUCUCCUCGCCAAUUCCGUCGUCUCUCGCUGUUCAAAGAUCCUUAAAAUAUCCACAGAAGAUUUGCAACAUCGUUUUGAUGUAGAGUUGCCUGAGAGUGUUAAGCAACUCUUGACAUAUGCGAGGAACUUUCUUGAGUUCUGCUCAUUUCAGGCACUCCACCAAGUAAUGAAACAACCUGGUUACCUAAGUAAUCCAGAGUUCCGUCAGCUCAUGUUUGAUAUGAUGCUUGCUUGGGAGACUCCAAGUGUCACAAGUGAGCAUGAAAACAAAGAUGCAGCAUCUCCUUCCAAGCACGACUCAGAGGAUGAGGACGGGUGGUCUCUAUUCUACUCAAGUCCCACAAAUAUGGCAAUGCAGGUUGGUGAGAAAAAGUCCGUCGGACAGGAGGCUUUUGCAAGAAUUGCUCCGGUUUGUCCUGCUAUUGCAGAUGCUAUAACUGUACAUAAUCUUUUCGAUGCACUGACUAUCUCGUCAGGCCACAGGCUUCAUUUUCUCGUAUAUGACAAAUACAUCCGCACACUUGACAAAAUUUUCAAGGCUGCUAAAAGCUCUCUAGGACCUUCAGCUGCCAGUCUUCAGCUUGCCAAGGGAGAAAUAGUUCUUGAUAUGGAUGGUGCCAAUCCUGUUCUACCAGUUCUUAAACACGUGGGCAUCUCCGCAUGGCCUGGGAAACUGUCACUUACCAACUGUGCCCUGUAUUUUGAUUCAAUGGGUGGUAGUGAAAAGCCCAUGCGAUAUGAUCUCACUGAAGACACAAAACAGGUCAUUAAACCUGAGUUGACAGGGCCAUUGGGUGCUCGUAUCUUUGAUAAAGCCAUCAUGUACAAAUCAAUUAUAGUGCCAGAGCCGGUAUAUUUUGAAUUCACAGAGUUCAAAGGCAAUGCUCGUCGAGACUACUGGCUGGGAAUAUGCUUGGAGAUCCUUCAUGUACAAUGGUUCAUUCGAAAAUACAACUUCAAAGGGAUACAACGAUCAGAAUUACUUGCAAGAGCAAUCCUCGGCAUAUUCCGGUACCGUGCAAUAAAGGAAGCCUUCCAAUUCUUCUCUUCCCAAUACAAAACAUUGCUUAUAUUUAACCUAGCAGAAAGUCUUCCUGGAGGAGAUAUGGUCUUAGAAGCUCUAUCCAGCCGAGUCUCUCGCAUAACCACCAAUGUUCUUUCUGAUGCUGGUUCUGUUCAAUAUAUGAAAUGGCCGUCAGACUUAUCUCCAGUCUCACUCAUAUUACUUGAGCAUUUUGGAUUGAAUCUAGAGACUGGGACAAAUAUGGGUGAAGAAAUGGCAAUCGUAGGAGAUUUUUGUGUUGGGGAGACGAGUCCAUUGGAGAUAGCUCUGAAACAGUCAAUCCUAGACACAGACAGGGUUGAAGCUGCUCAGGCGACUGUGGAACAAGUGAAAGUAGAAGGAAUUGACACUAAUGUUGCAGUAAUGAAGGAGCUAUUGUUACCUUUCAUCAAACUAGGCUUGCGUGUAAAUCUCUUAGCCUCUUGGGAAGAGCCUUAUAAAUCAACAAUGUUCAUGAUCUUGAUCAGCUAUUUGAUUAUCAGUGGUUGGAUCGGUUUCAUACUACCGUCGAUAUUACUACUCGUGGCUAUAGUAAUGUUGUGGCGUAAGCAAUUCAACAAAGGGAAAGAACCAAAAGCCGUUAGAGUCAAAGCUCCACCAAGUAAAAACGCAGUGGAGCAGCUACUCGUGCUACAAGACGCGAUCAGCCAGUUUGAGUCGCUUAUCCAAGCUGUUAACGUUGGUCUCCUCAAAACAAGAGCCAUUACUCUUGCAAUUCUUCCUCAGGCUACAGAUACAAUGGCUAUUUCGUUUGUGAUCGUGGCAGUUAUAUUGGCUGUUGUCCCAGUGAAGUACUUGAUAACGAUUGCAUUUAUAGAGUGGUUCACGAGGGAAGUUGGGUGGAGGAAAGCGAGUAGUGACCGGUUAGAGAGGCGGAUAAGAGAAUGGUGGUUUAGGAUACCAGCAGCUCCGGUUCAGCUCAUUAGAACUGAUGAAAGCAAGAAGAAGAAAUGA